AAAUGUUUUGGUAUUGACACGUACGGGAAGAGAGAAUGGGAAAUUGUUUUGGGAAGGGCGGGGUGGUCGAUCAUCUGAUGGAGGCACGGAGGAGGAGGAGGAGGAGAAGGAGUCUUGGUGAGCCGUCAUCGAGCAGUUUGAGAGUUAACGUACGGAUGACUCGAACGGAAUUGGAGGAGAUGAUAACGCGGAGCCAAGGCAAUUCUGAUGAGCUUGCACGAUUGAUCCUCAGGGAAUGCUUAGAAGGUAGAUUGGUUCCUCGAGUAGGUAGAUUGGUUCCUCGAGUUGUCGUCAGUCAGGGAACGGCAUCGGAAUGUUCAACAGUUAAUGGGUUGAGUAGGAUAGAUGAAGAAAAUGAAAAUGUUUGAGUACUAGAAAAAUAUAUGUAAAUAAGUUGAGAAACUUAGAGAUUGUCAAAACUUUCAUUCAGAGUCUUCAUCAAUCCAUCUAAUUUCUGUUCUUCUUCUUCUUCUUCUUCCUUUUUUUCUUCGUUACAAAACCCAAGUAAAAACAUAGAUCUGAUUUACCUUAUUGCUCUUUUUUUCAUCCCUAUUUUUCAUCCCUAUCUCAUCAAAGACUUCAGAGUUUAGAUCUGGAGACGUUUGAGAGUUCAACCUCUAGAUCCUGUCAUUUUUUCUCUCCCUUCCUAAACACCAGAUCUGGGUUUAGUGAACCCAUCAACACACAGCACCUAAAUCGUAGGAGGAACCCACCAUGCCGUGCAAUAAUCGCACGAG